CCAACAGUCGCGAACGCGCCAUCGAACACGCCGCUCGCGAUCGCGCUCUCAUUCGGUUUUUCGUUUUCAGUUUUCAGUUUUCCAGCUUUCCAGCGUUUCCCAGCUCUUCAGCCACUCAGCUUUUCCGUUUCGGGUUUUCAGCUCCUUCGCUUUUCCGUUUCGGUUUCCAUUUCGUUGGCGCUUCAUUUGACACAACCGCUCGAACUGAAAACCCCCGAAUCGAUCAAAAUUGAAUUGAAAUUGUGAAUGGUUUUGCCUGCUGAUUGUCGCGCUGCACUUGAUUUUUUGUUCGUGUGUUUUUGCGCUGCUUGCCUGAAUGGCAAAGGCAAAGUGCAAAGUGUGAGAGUGCAAGAGAUAAAGAUUUGGAGAGGAAGAGAGGAAGAGAAGGAGUCCGGGUUUGAUCUUCGCAAGCUGGAGCCGUGAAUCGCGCUCUGCAAUGUGGUGCGAGCUCUGGACUUGCCGCCGAGCAACACCACACACUGGAGCGGGAAGUGCGACUGGAACGGCGACUGGAACGAGCACUGGAACGGGCACUGGAACGGGAACGAGAAGGGGGAGUUGGCGGAGAACUGGAGGGCAGGGAGAGAGGGGCGAGCAAAUGUAGUCGGCAGUUAGAGCACAGCCACCGUUGCCGAAGCCACCGCCAGAUGAUCGAAUGGUGGUGAUCCUCCUACUGUCGCCAUGCACUUGCAGCCGCAGCAGCAGCAGCAUCCACGCCCACGCCCACGCCCACACCCACGAUACCGCCCACGCACCACCCAAGCACCAGCACCAGAAGAAGCAGUCAGAAGAAGCAGGAGCACCAGAGGCAACUAGAGCAGCCAGAAGCGGAGAUUCCCGGAGCAGCCAUGAAUCCUCAUCGGCGUCGACGGGCGACACGGCCAUUCCGGCUGGAUACCUGCAGCUGCACCACCAGAGGCGCGAGGAGCAGCAGCGGCUGCACCACCAGACCACACAGAACCGACAGAGCCGACAGAACCGACAAAACCGGAGUCACAGAACCGGAGAACCGGAGAGAACCCAGCAUCCUAGUCACAGUCGCAGCACCACUGCACCACCACUGCCCCACGGAAGGUGGUUGUCCCUGCAGCCGGCGAACACCGUGCCCAAGCCACCGCGCAUCCACGGCCUCCACUGGGCACCGCCACCACCACCGCCACCGCCACUGCCACUGCCACCGCCACACAGUCGCACAGCCCCGCCUCGCCACCACCAGCCGAUCCUCUUCCGCGUCCAAUCGUCACAGCCCCACGGGAGCUGUGCCACCACCUCGACCAACACCACCGCCACCACCACCACCACCACCACCGACUACGUGCGCCACGUGACCCGCGUUAACUUCUACGACAUUGACACUUCGCAGGUCGAAUUCGAGCCCAAAGACGACGAGGAGAGCAGCGAGGCCGCGGCAGGCCACUGCGACACAGAAGCUAUUACCAAAGAAGAGGAGUGGAUAACGAAGCGUAAGACAGAACUCACAACUACCAGACAGAUCGAAACGAGGGUGAAACGACAGGUGAAGCUGCAGGAUGGCAAGGUAAUCGAGGACUCCGGUCCAAUUGUGUCCACAAACACCACCGAGGACACCGACAAACAGGAAACGGAAACCACUGAGAAGCGCGACCUUGACCUGCCGGAUGACCUCCACGGCAAUGCCCAGCUGAUCGAUGUGGCCGCUCUGGAGGCUGGCGCCGAAAACGAGACGCAGUUGGCUCAAAUCCAAGAGGUCUUCGGACCGGCGGACGGAGCAGGGAAGCUGGUCAAGCGAAUGGUUCCCCGACCGGCGGAUGGCCUAGUGCGACAGACGGACGACAAGCGGGUCAUCUCUCACGAGGAGAUCAAGGACUACCACGAAACGGAGGACGUUAAGCACCUUGGCGACUUCACAGAUCAGACCUACGUGAACGCAGUGCGCGACGGAGUCGAGGACCUCGAGACCGUGCUCUGUUCGCCGGAGAGCCAGCGGCAGCUGGUGCCGCUCGGGCCGCAGGUGGUGGCCAGCCGGAGCAAGUCCCGCAAGACGAUCGACUCGGAGGACACGCAGAAGCGCUGUCUGGCCCAGGAGGACGGCACCCUGGUCACCGAGAGCCGGCGCACCACCGAGCACGAGCUGAUCCUCGACGACGAGCUGCCCGACGCGCCUGGCGACGCCUCCGAUGAGCGCGGCCUGCAGCUCCGGGCGGGCGAGCAGGUGACCACCACGGCGGCCAGCCAGCGGUUCUUCCGCCAGCGCGACGAGCAGCAUGUGGACGUGCUAGCCAACGGCCGGCUCCACUCCACCGAGAUGCGCUACGCCGCAGAAACCACCCAGAUGGACAAGGACGGGCCCGCCGACCUGGAGCGUCCGGGCGACUGGGACAGCCUCUCCGACCGGAUGCGCAAGCUGCGUCGCUCCCAGCAGCAGCAACAGAAGGAGGUGGCCCUCCUGGCGGACCGCAAGGAUGCGCUCACCAAGCGACCCCUGGACUUCGAUCGCGAGGAGGAGACGCGCAAGGGCGAGACCAUGAAGUGGCUGGAGUCGCACUUUGGCAGCGAGUCCACAGCCUCGAACGAUUCCCGCGACGACGAGGCCGACGCGGAGGUGGAGCCCACCAAGAAGAGCUACUUCAACGUGACGAUCAAGUCGCAGAGCCAGCCGCAGGCGCACAUCCACGCCCAGUCCCACCUGGCCCCCACCCAGCAGCAUCCGCAUCCGCAUCCGCAUUCGCAUCCGCAGCAUUCGCACGCCCACCAUCCGCAUCCGCAGACGCUGCCCAGGAGCGCCGAAAGGGAACGAGAGAGGGAACGAGAGAGGGAGCGAGAGAGGGAGCGAGAGAGGGAGAGGGAGAGAGAGAGGGAGAUGGAACGGCAUCCCAUGACCACCACGUCCGCCACUCUGGAGCGGAAGCCGCCGGCGAACGCGGCACCAGGUCGCUCCAAGUACUUCCAGGGCAUCUCGAACUGGUCGGAGCGCAAGGACUCCGGCCCGCCGGUCAACCACUUCUCGUCGCAGGCGUUCCGCGAGGACCUGCAGGAGACCAUCCGGCGGAACGGGCUGAGGAAGAAGGAGGUGCGCGGCCAGCCGGGCUCCGCCCAGGGAUCGCUGAUGGCCCAGGAGCCAUCGGCGGCGGGCCAGCCGAAGGACAGCUACGUCAGCCGCGAGGACAUCCUGCAGCAGAAGCGCCAGAGCCUCUCCUCCCAGUUCCUCGCCCGCUCGAUGCGUGGCUCCCGCGACGCCCUCGACGACCUGGAUGCUAUACCGGGACCGGGACCGGGACCCGGAUUGGGGUCCGGAUCGGGACUGGGGCUGGGACCUGGUCCCUCCCUCCUGUCGCCACGGGCACCCGACGAGCCCUCGCACAAGAGAGUGGCCUACGGCCAUCGAGGGAGCACCGCCAUCAAUGGCCACGCCCACGUGGCGAACGGAAUGGCAGCCGGAAUGGCGAACGGGCGGGGCAAGAGCUACGACCCCGCCGCCGUCCCGCCGACACCCACCUCCACCUCCACCUCCAUCUCCACCUCCGCCAAUCCUGCCCUGGACUUCGGCGGGAAUGUCGGAGGAGGGAGCCAGUUGGGGCUCAACCCGCGACCCACCGUCCCGCAGCGAAGACGUGCCAUCGAGAAGAAGCUGGGCGAGCACAGCCACGCGUCCCACGCAUCGCUCACCUCCUACGGAUCGCACUCCGCCCAUCUGGCGGCCAAGGCGCAGGCUCCGAUGCCGUCGCAGGUGGGCCAGCUGGAGCCUCCCCCGGACUACUCGCCGCCGCCCAGGAGUCGCAGUCGGUCGUCCUCGCCGCAGGUGGAUUACCUGAUGACCAGGGAGGUGCCGCCUGCCAGCACGAUGACCCUCAGCCGGAAGCAGCAGCAGCGCACGCGGUUCGCGCCCACGUCCAGUUAUCCGCCGGCCACUGGAGGAGUUGGGAGCCUCCGCCCGCCCGGCACCACCUCCGCCUCCGUCUCGAACCUGUCGGCCAUGAGCGGAGGAGGAGGCGGAGGAGGCGGCGGCACCUCCAAGUCGAGCCGCAUGGGCCAGGUGAUCGGCAACUCGCUGCGGAAGCUGGUGAGCAAGAUCCGCUCGGCGAGUGCGGAGCGCAAGUUCCGCAUGAAGUCGGCGGCCAGCAAGUCGCGCGAGCAGUCGCCCAGUCCGGGUCACGAUCCCCGGGGAGCUGGUCCGCCGGUGACCACCUACCAGCAGUACAACGUGAUCGAUGGCCACAUCGGCAGCCAUGAUUCCGAGGACUCCAAGAGCGACAGCCCCAGGCGCAGGGAGCAGGAACGGGAAAGGGAAAGGGACAGGGACAGAGAGAGGGAGAGGGAACGAGAACGAGAGAGGGACAGAGAGAGGGAGAGGGAACGGGAGCGAGAUAGGGAACGCGAUCGCGACCGCGAUCCUCUCAAGCAGGAGACCCCAUCGCGGCAGAACUUCAAGCGCGCCGAGUCCGCAGAUCCGCAGCUGCAGCACCUGGAGCAGGCCAUCAGUCCCAGGCAGCGGUACUACCUGGGCGAGGACCCCUACUCCAGCACGCUCUACGGCAAGGAGAACCUCUACGAGCGGCGGCCACGUCAGCGAAACGUGGAGCGGCCCGAUGAGCGCAUGGAGCGACUGGAGCGGGAGGACGACUACUACGAGUCGAGGGCGCCUCCUCCAGUGACGGCGGCCCACACGCUGGGGCGCUACCAGAAGCACGGCCAGCGCUUCAGUGGCUCCACCCCGAAUCUGCACCAGCAGCAGCAGGACUACCGCUCCGCGCAGACGCUGCCCCGCAAGCUCCACGAGCAGCGCGCCCAGAGGUUCGGGGGCGCCGUGGAGAAGCAGCCGCCUCCGCCGGGCAGGGGCAACUACCCUGGAGGUCCUGCUCCUGGGCCGCCGCGGGGGAUCGCCCAGAACCAGAACCAGAACCCGAAUCUUAACCACAACCUGAACCCGAAUCCGAAUGCGAAUCCGAAUCAGAACCAGAUGCUGCCGCAGGGACCGGCGAAACCGGCGCGCACCUACGCCAAGGUGCUGAACCGGAGCAAGAGCUUCAACGUGCACGGGAUGAACGGCAGCAACGACCCCAGUCCCAUCUACAUCGAGAAGCUCACCCGGAACAACUACAACUACCAGCCGCGGCCGGAGCCUUCUUCGGGCUUCGGGUACGGACUGGGCCAGGGACCCAGCGGCAACUACAAGUCCAACCCGCACCUCUUCUCCGGCAAGGACAACGCGCUGAAGGGCGGCCUCAAGAGCCCGUCGAUCGUGAACCUCAUCAGCCGCAGCCAGAAGGACCUCACGCGGAUCGCGGGCAACGAGGAGGAGGAGGAGGAGCUGCUGGGUGGCUACCCGGAGCAGGACAAGCAGAAGCAGCUCUACCUGCGCGGGCUGCACCAGCAGGCCCCGGACCUCUACCGAGUGAUCCACGGCGAUCCAUCCGAGGAGUAUCCCGGAUCCCGCAAGUACCCUCUGCAGGCCAAGUACUCGCUCGACUCCUCGCGCUCCCCGCCCUCCGUCGAGCUCAACAAGGACACGGCGAGCAUCGUGCGGCGCGGCAGCGAGUCGGAGCACCCGCAGGCCCACCACCACCUCCACCACCACCAGCAGCACCACCAGCAGCACCAGCAGCAGCACCACCUGCAGAGCCACCAACAGCACCACCAGCAGCAGAGCCUGCGCCGCGGCUCCGGAGCCACCAUCAUCGAGCUGCGCACCGCCGCCGGCGGCCACCGGAAGUGAACCAAGUCCACGCGAUGCCCCAUCGCCAUAUCACAUACCAGAUACCACAUACCACAUACCACAUACCCACAUACCAUACCAUAGUCGAACUCCCCUGAAGAUCUGCAUUCGCAACUGCAACCUAGAGAUUUCGAUAAUUUCGAUAACACCGAUUACUGAUCACUGAAUUCUGAUUGCUGAAUAUGUUGUUCGCAUCUCAAAAUGUUUCCAUGCAAAUAUGUUUCGGGAAGUUACUUUUUUUCUAUAAACUAGUAUCAUUUUUACUACGGAAUUCGAAUGGAUACCGGUUUUCCAAGCAGUGAAGUUUUGAAUUUCUUCCAUGACGCAAACAACGUCCAUCUUCCGAAUCAAAUCAAGCUUCUGCAUAUUUAAAAACACACUUAAUUUAUUCAACCCUUUUUCUUUUGACAACUAAUAUUUCUUUGAGGAAUGCAGUUUGUAAUUUCGAAUGAAAGUGUUUGUUCAUAUGAACCUCUCUUAGCCAAAUUACAACUUCGAUGAACCGCAGGCGAAAGUUCGACUAUAUUCCCCUGGCAGGAGCCCCAAAGCCCUUGGGCUUUAGUUUCAUUUGACUAGCAGCAAAUAAAAAUAAAAGGCCAAUCGACCAGUUGAGUGUUAACUGGGUCAUAAAAGCUACAAAGUUGAUGGUUGAUCAAAAACGAAACGAAAUAAGACAACAAUAUCUAUGCAGAUGUAACGCGGAAGCCAUUUCCACUGUCCUGUCACGCCUCUUCCAAUCGUAAUUUGAUAAUACUAUGAUGCCUACGCCUAAUUGCAUUAUCUAUUUUACCAUUUUUUUUUUUUUUAAUACUAAUAUUAACGUUUGUUGUAUAGAUACCGUUAAAUGAAUAAACUAACUAAAAUAACUAAUAUUAAUUCGAUAUUAUUGUAAAAUUUUGAUUAAUAAACAAACUGCAAUUAAAAUUAAAAAAA